AUGCAAGGAGCUGGCAGGAGAAAUGUAUUCGAUGGGCGCGAUUUUCGCGGCCGCAACCAGCGAGCUCAUCAAGCAGCUCGAGCAGUGUCAAAGGAGCAGCGCCAAGAGAUUAAAGAGGCCUUCGACAUCUUCGAUUCAGAGAGAACUGGGAAGAUGGACUACCACGAACUCAAGGUUGCUGUCCGAGCUAUGGGCUUCGAAAUCAAGAAGCCCGAAGCUCUCGAACUGAUGCAAAGGUACGACCGGGAAGAGACCGGUUACAUUGGUUUCGAGGCGUUUGAAGAGAUCAUGAUACAGCGCUACGCUGCGCAAGAUCCAAUGGAUGAAAUCCGAAAAGCAUUUGAGCUCUUUGAUGAAGAUAGGCGUGGGAGGAUAUCGUUCAGGAACUUGAAGCGCAUCGCCCGGGAGCUAGGAGAGAAGUUGACGGACGAGGAACUUCGGGGCAUGAUCGAUGAGUUUGACUUGGAUCAAGAUGGGGACAUCAAUGAGGAGGAGUUCAUCAGCAUAAUGAAGCAGACAUCCCUCUACUAG